AGGCAGGGCGGGAGGCAGGCAGGCGGCGAGAGAGGCAGGCAGCGCGGCGGCGGCGGCAGAUGCUGCGGCGGCGGCCGCGUCUCCUCCGGCCACAUCCUGCGCCCGCCUGGCGCGCAGCGCUACGGCGCGGCCGCGCAGCCCGGCUCCAGCCGCAGCCCCACGCCCUCGGGGCGGUGGGUGCCGAGCGCGCCUCGCCCCGGCUGCCGGCCGUCCUGAGCGCUCCGGAGCGCACACGCACGGGCGCGCCCGGGGGGGGGGGAAGCCGAAGAUGCUGCAGCUGGUGCUGGGCAAGGUCAGGACCUUGCGGUGAAGCCCGGGGCUGGCGCACCCCCCCCCCCCCCCCCCCCGCCCCCUUUUCAUCCUUGCCCGCCGGAGUGAGGAUUUGCCGCUGGGGUUUGGUGGAUGCUCGGGAGGAAGCAGGCUGGAGCGGCGCCGAUCGAAGCUAUGCCUGUUCCAGACCAGCCCUCGUCUUCUGAUAAGACAAGCUCCCUCAGUCCUGUGCUGAACACAUCCAACGGUGAUGGCUCUGAAACUGAGACAACGUCUGCCAUUCUAGCAUCUGUUAAAGAACAGGAACUACAGUUUGAGAGACUGACUCGAGAGCUUGAGGCUGAACGUCAGAUUGUAGCGAGCCAACUGGAGCGAUGUAAACUUGGAUCGGAAACUGGAAGCAUGAGCAGCAUUAGUUCAACAGAAGAGCAGUUUCACUGGCAAACGCAAGAUGGUCAGAAGGAUAUAGAAGAUGAGCUCACUACAGGUCUGGAGCUGGUGGACUCCUGUAUUAGGUCACUGCAAGAAUCAGGGAUACUUGAUCCACAGGACUAUUCAGCCAGUGAAAGGCCCAGCCUCCUUUCGCAGAGUGCUCUGCAGCUCAAUGCCAAGCCUGAAGGCUCCUUCCAGUACUCGGCCAGCUACCACAGCAACCAGACCCUUGCCCUGGGCGAGACGGCAGCCGCCCCACUCCCGGCCCGCAGCACUCAACCCAGAGGUGCCGUCCAGAGCUACAGCCAGCAGGGCCCGGGGGGCCGCGGCGCCCAGCCGGGCGGCCCGGAGCCGCCGCCGCCCGCCGCCCCGCAGCCGCGGGAGCCCUUCGCGCCCAGCCAUGGCAGCGCCUUCCACCUGCCCGAGCCCCAGCACGCCGCCGCGCUCUACUACGCCAGCUCCACGCUGCCGGCGCAGCGGGUGAGCUCCCCGCUGCCCAUGCAGCCCGGCGGCUCCCCCACCAAGCUGCCGCGGGCCGGCUCCGCCGCCGAGGGCGCCGCCUACGCCGGCGCGCAGCGCCUCUCCUCCCCGAAGCAGUCCCCCAGCCGCCUGGCCAAGUCCUACAGCACCAGCUCGCCCAUCAACAUCGUCGUCUCCUCGGCGGGACUGUCGCCGUCCCCCAUCCGAGUGACCUCCCCGCCCACCGUCCAGUCUAACAUUUCCUCCUCUCCUAUCCACCAGUUAAGCUCCACCAUCGGCACUUACGCCACUCUGUCGCCCACCAAGCGGCUGGUUCACGCUGCCGAGCAGUACAGCAAGCACUCCCAGGAGCUGUACGCCACCGCCACCCUGCAGAGGCCCGGCUCCCUCGCAGCUGGGUCUCGGGCAUCUUACAGCAGCCAGCACAGCCACCUUGGCUCCGAGUUAAGGGCACUGCAGUCUCCAGAACAUCAUAUAGAUCCUAUUUACGAAGACAGAGUUUAUCAGAAGCCCCCUAUGAGGAGUCUCAGCCAGAGUCAGGGGGACCCUCUGCAACCAGCACACACAGGCACAUAUCGCACUAGUACAGCCCCAUCUUCCCCUGGUGUCGACUCCGUACCCUUACAGCGCACAGGCAGUCAACACGGCACACAGAACGCAACCGCGACCUUCCAGAGGGCCAGCUAUGCUGCAGGCCCAGCCUCCAAUUACGCAGACCCCUACCGACAGCUGCAGUAUUGUCCUUCUGUUGAAUCACCAUACAGCAAAUCUGGGCCAGCCAUCCCACCUGAGGGGACCUUGGCUAGGUCACCUUCCAUUGAUAGCAUUCAGAAAGAUCCCAGAGAGUUUGGAUGGCGAGAUCCAGAGCUUCCAGAAGUUAUACAGAUGUUACAGCAUCAAUUUCCGUCAGUACAGUCCAAUGCUGCAGCCUACUUACAGCACCUCUGUUUUGGAGACAAUAAAAUAAAAGCAGAGAUAAGAAGACAAGGUGGGAUACAAUUACUGGUGGACCUAUUGGACCAUCGGAUGACAGAAGUCCACCGUAGUGCCUGUGGAGCUUUGAGAAAUUUGGUGUAUGGGAAGGCAAAUGAUGACAACAAAAUAGCUCUGAAAAACUGUGGUGGUAUUCCAGCAUUAGUACGGUUACUCCGCAAGACUACAGAUUUGGAAAUCAGAGAACUGGUCACAGGAGUUCUCUGGAAUCUCUCUUCCUGUGAUGCACUGAAAAUGCCAAUCAUCCAGGAUGCCCUCGCAGUGUUGACCAAUGCAGUGAUCAUCCCACACUCUGGAUGGGAAAACUCUCCACUCCAGGAUGAUCAUAAAAUACAACUUCAUUCAUCACAGGUGCUGCGCAAUGCCACUGGGUGCCUAAGGAAUGUCAGCUCUGCUGGAGAGGAGGCCCGCAGAAGGAUGAGGGAGUGUGAUGGCCUGACAGAUGCAUUGCUGUACGUGAUCCAGUCUGCUCUGGGGAGCAGUGAAAUUGAUAGUAAGACCGUUGAAAACUGUGUGUGCAUUUUGAGGAACCUCUCAUACAGGCUAGCUGCAGAAACAUCUCAGGGACAGCAGAUGGGAACAGAUGAGCUUGAUGGAUUACUCUGUGGUGAUGCCAAUGGAAAAGAUGCAGAGAGUUCAGGAUGCUGGGGGAAGAAGAAGAAGAAAAAGAAAUCACAGGAUCAGUGGGAUGGAGUAGGACCUCUCCCAGACUGUGCAGAACCACCCAAAGGAAUCCAGAUGCUGUGGCACCCUUCAAUAGUCAAACCCUACCUCACACUUCUUUCUGAGUGCUCAAAUCCAGACACGCUGGAAGGGGCAGCAGGGGCAUUGCAGAACUUGGCUGCUGGGAGUUGGAAGUGGUCAGUGUAUAUCCGUGCUGCUGUCCGCAAAGAAAAAGGACUGCCAAUCCUGGUAGAACUGCUUCGAAUAGACAAUGACCGGGUGGUAUGUGCAGUUGCUACAGCUUUACGAAACAUGGCCUUAGAUGUCAGAAAUAAGGAGUUAAUAGGCAAAUAUGCCAUGAGGGAUCUGGUCCACCGACUGCCAGGCGCUAACAACAGCAACAGCUCAGCAAGCAAGGCCAUGUCUGAUGACACCGUUACUGCCAUUUGCUGCACGCUGCAUGAAGUCAUCACUAAAAACAUGGAGAAUGCCAAGGCCUUACGAGACGCAGGCGGCAUUGAGAAACUGGUUGGCAUAUCUAAGAGUAAAGGAGACAAGCAUUCGCCAAAAGUGGUGAAAGCAGCAUCUCAGGUCCUCAAUAGUAUGUGGCAGUACAGAGACCUGAGAAGUCUCUACAAGAAGUGGGCGGCCCCAAGCUUCAGUGUGGCUGAGGACAGAGGAUUUUCACCAACCCACCACUCUGGGUCAUGGCACGCUCAGCAAACUCUCUCCCAGAGCCAAGAAACCAGAAUCUAUUCCCCAUCCCAGGACGGAUGGUCACAGUAUCACUUUGUAGCCUCAUCUUCAACGAUAGAAAGAGAUCGGCAAAGACCAUACUCUUCAUCACGCACGCCCUCCAUCUCUCCCGUGCGCAUGUCUCCUAACAACCGCUCAGCAAGUGCCCCAGCCUCACCUCGGGAAAUGAUCAGCCUAAAAGAAAGGAAAACAGACUAUGAAUCAACUGGAACAAAUGCCACUUACCAUGGAAGUAAGGGGGAACACACUUCUAGGAAAGACACCAUGACAGCAAGAGUCAGCUGCUCACUGAAGCAUGGCACAGCAGGAAUGGAGUUCCCAGGAAUGCCGCCUGCGUGUUCCGAAGCAGCUCAGAACACUGGAAUCUCAACUUUGUACAGAAAUUCUUAUGGUGCACCUGCUGAAGAUAUCAAACAUAACCAGGUUUCAACACAGCCAGUUCCACAGGAGCCCAGCAGAAAAGAUUACGAACCAUAUCAACCGUUUCAGAAUUCAACCAGAAACUAUGAUGAGUCCUUCUUUGAGGACCAAGUGCAUCAUCGUCCACCUGCAAGUGAAUACAACAUGCACCUGGGACUAAAGUCAACUGGCAACUACGUCGACUUCUAUUCAGCUGCUCGUCCCUAUAGUGAACUUAACUAUGAAACAAGCCACUAUCCAGCCUCUCCCGACUCCUGGGUUUGAGACUUGGGCAGAUACAAAAGCUCCAGGAACUGUGCAUGUGCAUGCAUACCACAAGACAUUUUUUUCCUGCAAAUUUAGUUUGUUAAAGCCUGUUCCAUAGGAAGGCCCAGAUAACCAGUGUGGAAAAAAUUAAGAGAUUUUUUUAGAAGGCUAAAAGAAAUGAAAGCUAAACCUGGGAGUAAUUAGAAAGAAAUAUAUAUACUAUAUAUAUAUUUUACAGCGUAGGACAAAUUUAGCGUUGGCCAGUAGAGUCUUAAGUUCGUUGCUGUGUAUUGAAUGUGGCUGAAAGAAGAAGGGAGAAUAUGACAGUGGAUGUGGGUCAAGAGUUAAGCACAAGUAACUGAGCAGCGUACAUACUUUAUGGGGAACAGCUUCUCACACUUUGUUUAAUAUCCUCAUUCAUUGUGACUCUAGGCUUCAAGUUGCAUUUGGGGUUUCCUCUGUACAGCAAGAUGUUUCUUGCCUUUUGUUAAUGCAUUGUUGUAAAGUAUUUGAUGUACAUUACAGAUAAAAAAAAAACAGUGCAUUGUGUAUAUUACACCAAUGCCACAGUGUUUCUUCAUCUAUGGUUCUAAAUAUUGCUUCAAUUUCAAAUUUUGGAAGAUGUAUGAAUUUCCAGUUUUUUGUUUUUCUUUUCCCCAGUGCGUUUUAACAAAAAAAAGAAAAAAAAAAGAAAAAGAAAAAAAAACAAACAAAAAGGAAUAUUUAGCAGUAUUGUUCGUUCUGAUAUGUGAAUUUGUUUGUGGCAACUAAAAAAAAAGGCAUUCAGCAGUUUCUGACAAUUAACAUUCAUCAUUCCACACUCCUUGUCAACAAAGUGCUUUUUCACUGCCUAAAAUUUUAGAUGUAGAUAUUUGAAAUAGAUUUUUUUCAUUUAUACCAGUUUUCUUUAUGAUGAUACAGUGUUAAAAGAAAAUAAAUUACAAUUGAUCUGUCAUCCAUAUUUGCUAAGAAUGUCUAUUUCCAAGAAUCUACCAUACAAAUAUACAUUCUUACUCAUGUGUGUCCACGUAUGCAUAGUAUUCUGUGUGUGUGUGUGUAUGUGUUUGAGCGUGUGCGUUUGUGUGGUAUAAGACCUAUUUUCAUCCAAUGUUUUCCUCGUUCAAGCUUCAGUUUUUGUUUGAUUUUCAGUUUUUUUAAACAGUGGAAACUCCAGUAUGUGCUUUCUCUUACUCACUUUAUUAACCAUAGGUAGCAAUUCAAAAUUGUUAGGCCACAUACUUGCAAAGGAAGGGGUUGUAGGAUAUUUUUCAUUGAGUCCUUCACCCUCAGGUGCCAUUUCCUUUAAAAUAGCAUCUCUUAAUCUUCUCUUGAGGAAAGAAAUGUCAUUACUUUCCAGUCACCAACCAGCAAGUGCUCAAGGAAGAGAGAGUUUGAUCUUGCCAUCUCCCUGGGGGAAUGGAAAACCAAGACCCAGCAGGCCAAAGCCUGGAGUCCCAAACUCUUCCAGCUACAGAAGGGUCCAACUCCUGAACCAUUAGGACAAUCAUUUAUUUUAACCCAUACCAAAAAGAAAACUCAACACCCAAAAGGGCACAUUCCUCAAUUAUGAAAGAUACUGACCAUUUCUGUGCAUUUAAAAUAAAACCAUUAAAAAAAAAGAAAAAAAAAAAAGAAAAAAGAAAGGAACAGAGACUUUUUUUUUUCAAAAAAUAAGGAAAGGAAAGAAAACCAGGCUGGGAGUCCAGAAUAGCUGGCCUAAUAGUCUUAGCUCUUGGGAUUCUAGAAGUUAAAAAAUCAAACAAACAAAAAAAAAAAGAAUCUAGCAUUUCUUUCAUUCAGCCAAGAGUUUGGCAUACAGUUUCCACGGAAUAACACAAAAGGAGUAGUUGGAAAUUGCUUACGUUACAAUUAAGGAAUCUGUUUUAGGUUGCAAACAUUUCUGUGGUUAGUCAGUGUAAUAGUCUCACCAUCACCUGGCACACUUUGGCUGUGUGCAGGGGGAAAAGUCUCUCACAAACCAUCGCCUGCUCCGUAGGACGCAGACCGAGUAGUUGGUGCGGGCGGAUGUUGUGACGUAGAAUUGGUUUUUCGAUAAUCUAGGACUAGAGUAAUCUUUUUGGCAGCUUUUCCCAGUGUACGAUAUGUAACCUUAUCUGCUCUUUGUAGUAAACAGGGGGAAAAAAAUCGCAUGCAAAAAAAUUUUUAAAACAUUUACAAAAGGGUGGGUGGGAGGGGCACAGUGGGCCAGAUGUAUAGUGAGGUAGAUGAAAAUAUUAUUCAUAGUUUUGGACACAGGUUGUUUAUAUUUUAUUUAUUACAUUGAUUUUAAUAAGAUAAGUGACAUUUGCAGUGCUCUUUUGAACAAAGCACAUUUUCAGUAUAAAAGCUUUUUUUUAAUAAAGAAUGUCACUCUCAACUUGAAGUUGUUCUUGCCUGUCUGAUGACCACCAGAUCCAUGCAGGCCUCUAGCCUCAGGACUGCAAACAGGCCGAAGGGACCCGUGGUUCUAGUUAAAGUUCUUUAGACAGAAAGUUAUUGUAAGUUGGAUUUAUUUCCAUUCUUCAAACUACUUAAAUGCCCACAUUGCCCCCUUGCAGCUCCUCUCAGAAAAUUAACUGCAGUCAAAUGUUGACCAUUGCUCAAGUGAAACAUUUUGGACCGAUGAAGUGGCAUAAAAUACCUUUUGUCUAUAGUUUGUGUUGUUUUGUUUCCAUUCUUCUGUACUGGCAAGUGCCCCGACUACUGUUGUUCACUCUUGCUGUACUGCGUUUUGAGAAGGUGUGGAAUUACCUGGCUUCUCUUCCAGGCUUGGAAAUCCAACACUGCUGCCAUACUGAGCAGGAUAUAUCAUGAUGCAUUCUCUUUAAUACUGAGGAAAGUAUCAUUACCUAUUGCUGUUCCCUUCAUUCUUGUACUAGAUAAAACACAGAAAUAGAGAAGAAACCAAACUGUUCCAAAAAAUGUAUAAAAUGCAAUUGAUGUACUGUCAAAUGUCAGAUUAUUUUUUUUUAACAAGCUUCGUAUUAGAAUCUUGAUCAGCUGUGUAGACCUAUAUAAAUCUCACUGUUUUAUUAAAUGCUGUUUAUGGUCUGGAAGGAAUGGUUAACCUAUCUCAAGAUUAACAAAUUUGCACUAACAUGAGCAAUAUUGAUUUGAAAAAAUAAUAUGAAUUCAAUAUUUAAAUGAUAAACUAUGAUUUUAAAGGUAUAUUAACACUGAAAGUACAUUUUGACAAAUAACAUAUUUAAGCCCAAAAUACAAAUGGUUAUGUCAAAUAACACAAAAAGAACUAUAACAAUAUAGAGUGAGAAAAAAAAAAUGUGUUUCACUGUACAUGUUGCUAACAUGUACAAAGACAAACUCAUAUUGACAUAUUUUCUAUUAAUAAAUCCUACUGUAUUGUGGAGAA